AGAGAGAAUGUCCAAUAAAAAUUACACUAUGAUUCAUUACCAUAUUCCUUAAGAUUUGGAUGAUCCCGAAUAACCCAAUGCUUACACGUAUUGAGUAUGGCUAAAUGUUAUUAGACUUCAGUUAAAUAUCAAAGAUAUCACAUACACAGAUAUUCUGAAGACAUUCCCAAUCAAGGGAUAAUUCGAUUUCAAAUUCCUAUAUCAACAUCAAAAAGAAAACUUUUGGCUUGAUAUCAAAUCUAAUGCUACUCCUUUGCCGAUAGUGAAUAAACAUAUUCAUGUAAGAGCUGAGCGUGUUUAAAAACCAUAAGAAACUCAACCCAUUUAAAUUGUUUAGCCAUUACAGCAAAGCCAGCCUGCUUAAUAAUAAUAGAAUGAUUUAAUGUAAUUUUGA